UCGGGUUGGGAGGAGACGUAGCCGGUAUUUUUGGAGAUGAAUACGAAAGUAAUCUCUUACAAAGUCACUUUAUGAAAAAUAGUGUUUUUAACGGUUAUUAAUAGCGAAGAAAGUUAGUAUAUUUAUAUUUAUUUUCUGGAAUAAUGGAUUACACGAAUCAGAGUGGAUUCAGACAGCGUAAGUUACAAGCCAGGUCGAGGAUGAGGGGUCCUGGCGCAGACUCUAUUGAACCCCGUCAGCUUUUUGACGACACCAGCGCUGGGCAACACAACUCUGGUCCUGGCAGCGUGGACAAAGCAGGGAUGGACUACGCAGGACAGGCCAUUUUAUCAGAGCCUAUGUCUAAUCUCGCUAUGGCCUAUGGGAGCAGCCUUGCAAGCCAGGGAAAACAAAUGAUGGAUAAAAAUCUGGACCGUUUUAUCCCCAUCACCAAACUGAAGUACUAUUUUGCAGUGGACACCGUUUAUGUGGGCAAGAAACUUGGCCUGCUGGUAUUCCCCUAUAUGCAUGAGAACUGGGAGGUGAGUUACCAACAGGAUACUCCAGUAGCGCCACGCUUUGAUGUCAAUGCUCCGGACCUGUAUAUUCCCUCAAUGGCUUUUAUUACAUAUAUCCUGGUUGCAGGCCUGGCACUUGGCACACAGAACCGGUUUUCUCCUGAGAUCUUGGGGAUGCAAGCUAGUUCAGCCCUGGUGUGGCUGAUUAUUGAAGUUCUUGCCGUUCUUCUCAGCCUUUACCUGGUCACAGUGAACACAGACCUCACCACUAUCGAUCUGGUGGCCUUUUCCGGGUACAAAUAUGUUGGGAUGAUAGUAGGAGUGUUAGCUGGGCUCCUGUUUGGAAAGACAGGAUAUUAUCUUUCACUGUUCUGGUGCUGUGCUUCUAUUUUUGUUUUUAUGAUCCGAACACUGAGGUUGAAGAUUCUGUCCGAGGCGGCUGCAGAGGGAGUUCUGGUCCGAGGAGCCAAGAAUCAGCUGCGCAUGUACUUAACCAUGGCCAUAGCUGCAGCACAACCUGUGUUUAUGUACUGGCUAACCUUCCAUUUGAUUAAGUAAAAAGUGCAUUUACAUGGUGCAAGUGAUGAAGGACACUACCACUACAGCCAUGAUUGAACCACUCGUUCAGUCCCCUCAAACGAGACUCAAGGAGAAGCGAGGAGAGUCCAUUUGCACAGAUGCCAACAAAUGAACAAUCAUUGUGAAGGAUCACAUUACAACAGUAGCUGCAAUAUGUCAGUUACUUCAUACGUGUAUAUUUAGGAAGGACCCGCUUUUUAUUUUUUAUUUUUUUGUAUCAUGUGGAGUGCAUUUAUUUGAUUUAAUUUUUUUUUAAACAAUGUGAACACUUGAAAUACAGACUGAAAAUGUAUAUUUGAGACAGUUUGCACAGUUUAUUCUAACAGCCAGGUAACUGUUAACACCAAAUGCCUGCAAUUGACUGUCCCCAUUGGUCAUGUAUAAGCAUUUUUCUCUGCUACUGAUUAAAAAAAAGGCAAAAUAUAAGUGUGUAAUGACUGUAAAAUGCUUUAAAUGACGUUCUUUCCAAGUCUAAAUCAAUCAUUUUUUCUUGUACUUCAUGAAAUGGUAUGGUCUUAGGAGCAUUUAUUUUUUGAAUAAUCCUGAAAACUUGCAAAAAGAUUUCUUAAAAACAAUGUGAACAAACCAGUAUAACAGAUUACAUGAAAAAUACAUGUCUUGCUCAAUAUCCACAGUUUACCUCUCGAAAACAAAUAUUAAAACAAGAUGUUAAAGCAGUGCUGUAUGAGGACGCCUUUCUACACUUUGACAUUUCUGUCAGCCACAGAUUUUGUCCCACACAACAAUAAAUAUC